AGGGAAAACAAGCACAACUUUCUCCUUGGCACCUUGUUAGCCCUUGCCUGAAGCAGAUGGUGAAAAACAGUCAAAGACCUUCAUUGCAAAAGGAAUGCAAAAGAUUUUCCCUUGGAGGCUGGGAAGACUGCAAAAACUGCUGGUGGAACUUACUGUUGUUUUCCUCUCCCUCUGCCAGGGCUGUCCUGUGUGGGUACUUUUCAUUCUCCAGGAAUACAGCAUUUUCUGUAGGGAAGAUUGGCCUCUGAUGGAGAAUCCAUCCUACUUUGGAAAAAGAGAGAGCAAGAUCCCAGCGCUGGGUGAGUUUCCUUAAGCGUUUCUUUCUCUGCACUGAAAUCUGUCAGAACAAUUCAAAUAACUGUGCUCUGGUUCAAAAGCAGCCAGAUGAUUUGUCUCUUUACCGGAGCUUGUUGCACUCUUCGCAAGGCUUCGCAACCGGCAUAUAGGUUUGGGUCCCCUUUCCUAGCCCUGCUGAAAUUCAUUGGAGUUUAGAUUGGCUAAGACACAGCAAGCGUUGGCUUCUUGCAAAAUUACUUCAGAUUUGUCCAGGGGAAGAAGCUGUUGGAAACACAGCUGCAAGAAAAUAAAAAAUGACAGAGGAUGUUAGUUUUCAAGAGCUGGACAGCGACAGGUCAGAAAACAGUGAAGAGAUGGAGAUUAUUGUUAAUGUUGGUGGAGUAAGGCAGGUGCUGUAUGGGGACCACCUAAACCAGUAUCCCAACACAAGGCUAGCCGAACUUGUGAACUGUUUAUCAGGAGGAUAUGAUACGAUUUUCUCACUUUGUGAUGACUACGAUCCUGGCAAAAGAGAGUUUUACUUUGACAGAGAUCCAGAUGCUUUUAAAUGCAUCAUUGAUGUUUACGAUUUUGGGGAAGUUCACAUGAAGAAAGGCAUCUGUCCCAUUUGUUUCCAAAAUGAGAUGGAAUUUUGGAAAGUGGAUCUGAAAUUCCUGGAUGAUUGUUGCAAAACUCACCUCAGUGAAAAAAAGGAAGAACUCGAAGAGAUUGCCCGUCGGGUCCAGUUGAUCUUGGAUGACUUGGGAAUGGACACCUCAGAAAACCGCUGGACAAAGUGCCAAAAAUGCAUCUGGAAAUUUCUGGAAAAACCAGAAUCAUCCUACCCAGCUCGGGUUAUAGCAGUCACAUCUUUUCUACUCAUUCUGACCUCAUCUGUGGUGAUGUGUGUGGGGACCAUCCCAGAACUGCAAGUGAUAGACUCUGAAGGAAAAUCUGUGGAGCACCCAGUUCUGGAUAAGAUUGAAACAGCUUGCAUUGUCUGGUUUACUCUUGAGUAUGUCCUCAGACUCAUCUCUUCUCCUAAUAAGUUGCACUUUGCUCUUUCUUUCAUGAACAUCAUUGACAUUUUUGCAAUCCUUCCUUUCUACAUCAGCCUCAUACUGACCCAUCUGGGCACCAAAUUGAUGGAAUUAACCAAUGUGCAGCAAGCUGUACAAGCACUUCGGAUCAUGAGGGUUGCCAGAAUUUUCAAACUGGCACGCCACUCAUCAGGUCUACAGACAUUGACCUAUGCGCUCAAGAGAAGCUUUAAGGAACUGGGGCUUCUCCUGAUGUAUCUAGCUGUUGGGAUCUUUGUGUUCUCUGCCCUCGGUUACACAGUGGAGCAAAGUCAUUCUGAAACAUUGUUUAAGAGCAUCCCUCAGUCCUUUUGGUGGGCAAUCAUAACCAUGACCACUGUGGGUUAUGGAGACAUCUACCCAAAGACAAUGCUGGGGAAACUCAAUGCUGCUAUCAGUUUUCUUUGUGGGGUCAUAGCCAUUGCCUUGCCCAUCCAUCCCAUCAUUAAUAACUUUGUGCGAUACUACAACAAGCAGAGAGUUCUAGAGACAGCUGCCAAGCAUGAGUUGGAACUGAUGGAGCUCAAUGCUGGUGACCAGAAAGGCAGCAGUCCCCAAGAUAAGCCAGCACAUCUUCUGGGGAAUGGCAAUGAACAUUCCCGAUGGAGCAGCCACCGGAAAUUCUCCUACAGUGACACUUUCAUUCACCUCCUGUCAGAUGGUAACUACUGUCGAACCAGGCUUCAGAGUUGUAAGUAGUCUGUCUCCAUUCAGCAGAAGUCUGG